AGGACGUCGUUGAUCAUUGUCAAUGAUCGCGCGUCGGGCUUUCAGGAAAUGCACUGGUACAAAUUAAAUCGCUGCUCCCUUCAUGAGGCCGCUAAGAUCAAGACUCGGCCGGACACACUGGUAAAGCACUCGGCGGUUAGCACAACAUCACUGAAUCAGGGAAGAAAAUCACCGGCAGCAAAAGACUAUAAGUAUGCGGCCCAGGAGGAGACCUGUCACCCGUCCGAAGCAGCGCACCGCUCAGGCCAAAAAGUCGCAGCAAACCGGCGAUGACGGCGACGGCGUGGUGAAUUUGGACGAUCCAGAAGCUGUGGCAGCGGCCUAUGAAGAAUAUAGAAAGGCGCUCAUCUCGCAGCAAUUGUAUCCAGGCGGUGCGCCUAUCGUGGUGGAGGCAACACGCAGGAAACAUUCGGCCACGCUGAUCUUCCUGCACGGCAUCUUCAACGCCGUCGAGGAAUGGAAGAGGCUGCUGACGGUCACCCGCGCUCGGCCUGGGCAUAUACGCAUUGUGAUUCUGCAGGCCCCGAAGAUCACAGCGCGCUGGUACAUGGGCCCCAAGGAUCCAUCUUGGUUCAAAGUAAAGGACUACGGGAAGGGAAAGACCCCUGUGGAGGACGAGGCAAGCCUGAAGGAGGCCGCUACACUGAUGCACGGCGUGAUCGGAGAAGAGUCAGCACGGGUACCACUCAGCCGUAUUGUCCUUGCAGGCUUUGGCCAGGGCGCGGCCCUUGCCCUGUAUGCAGGACUAUCCUAUACAAACACACUGGCCGGUAUCCUAGCUCUCAGUGGCUGGCUGCCGUUUGCAGACAAAAUCGGCAGUUGGUGUUCGGCCGAGAGCCACGGAACGCCUAUUCUGCAGUGCCACGGAGGCAAGGAUGAUGUCAUCCCGCCGGACAAAGGUAAGCUAUCCUACGAUGCUCUAAUCGCCAAUUGUCCCGGCUCAGCUAAUCACCUGGAACUCAGGAUAUACCCCGACGUGGGCCACCACCUGUCACUCUUUGAGUUGCACGACAUCCGCCAGUGGCUAGAGAAGCGUAUCCCGGUGGCCCUUCCUCACACCCGUACCAGAAAGGCUACGCAUACGCGCGCUUCGCGCCCGUGAGCGGUUUCAACAUGCGGCGAUCAUGUGACGAGGUUAUCUGGGAGCAUUUUUCUGCCCAUCCGGACAUGCCGCAUGACUCAGUAGAUUCGGCUGGUAACGCAGCGAGGUGUAGUGUUUGUCAUUGACAAGCAGAUAGUCGAUGAUUCAGUGUGCCCUCAGUGACCUGAACAGAGGCAUUCGGUAACUCUUUCGAAAGCCGCUUACUUGUGGAGCUGUCGUAGUUAGUGGGUUGGCUGUUACUAGCCUUCAUUGUACUGUCCAACGGGUCACGGUUCAGGGUGUUCAGGGUGCCACGGUUCAGGGCCGAGUACGAAAACAUGUCUAGACCCGUUUUGGCGCCGUGGCUCUCCCAAGUCAUCACCAUGACAUUAUAGUUAUCGUUCUGCGCUCAUACCCGGGUACCAGGACUUUGCAUGCCUAUUAUAAAUGUUAGCCUACGGUGCCGCAGGCCAGCCGGAACCGGUCCGCUUGGUCAGGUUAAUACCCGCCUAACUUUGUGGCCACCAACGCAUGCUUACUGCUGAGGAGGGCCUACGUCCCCGCCAUAUUACACACAACGUAUGAAAGACUAUGGUAAGACCGGACCAAUUGAAAACUGCUUCCGGCGGUCCUGAUCGGCAAGGGACGGGAUCAGCCUCGGCAUCCCGCGUGAUAUCAGUCAUUGGUCACUACUGGCACUACUGUUGCAACUAGAGUUGUUCGCUGCCGCCGCGUUUCACUGAGCUUACCGUGACAGGCAGUUGGCCCCUGUUUUGGUGGAAUUUCUGAGAAACGGCAGCAUUUCAUCAGCUGGUCAUCCUUAAUGGAACUUCACACCGUCAAGUCACUCCGCAGUACAGUUCUGUUGAACUCGGCAGGAACUGGUAGAGCUUUGAAAGUUUUACUCAGUCACCGUGUGCCUCCGAGGUGGUUCAGUGUUGUCACGUGGAGCCCACUAAUUUUCGUCAGGAAGUCACAUGAUUCAAACGAAUGGAACAUCAUUCUGGCAACAACUGAACUGUGCAAAGUGGGGCUGGUAUGAACCGUGAGACCGUAUCAUCAUAUGCAGGGAGUCGUCAAACACCUACCGUAAUGUCGCGUAUAAAAGUAGGUGCUUACGGUCGUAUAAGCCGAUAUCCGUGCUAGGCUUCUAUUCAAGUCAGGCUUCUAUUCAAACCAUGUCUCUCUAUGUACAAGUAUGUCAACACUAAACCAGGCUUAUGUGCUGACAGUGUAUCUUGAAAAUCAGGCUUCUAUACAAGACAGGCUUCUAUACAAGACACUACAGUAUUUGACGACUCCCUGCUCGAAUACAUGUACAUGUAUGCGAAUAUCAAGAGUAGGCAUGUUGCGAUGGAUAGCGCUAACGCCGAGACCCUAGGUCGGCGUUGCUAGUCCCGCCUCACCGGCACAGGCUCCCUGAGAGCCCCUACUAGUACAUUGUCUGUCUUCCUCCUUUGUUGUCUCGAUCACUAUUGUCUUUUGUCUUCUUCUUCUCCUCUCUUUGUUAUGGUCUAUCAGCAGG